UGCAUCAAAGGUCCACUCAGGCGUCUUGGAGAUGACCUGGGAUAGGCCGCUAAUUAAUGGCAGAGAGCUUUACAGCAAACUUCAAAUGAGCAAAGACCAGAAAAAAAGAGAAUCAGUGGUUUUGUGCUACGUUUGUCACUGGUCUAAAUGACGUCCAGAGGACUGAUGGGAUGGAUGGCACAGGACAAUAUAAAAGACACUCAUUCUACCCCUGGAACCAGAUGACUUCCCUUCAGACAACAGAGCAGAUGUUGUGGUUCCCCACCAAGUUCCAACGAGCUGCUGGGAUGGAAAUGAAUAACAAGAAAGCCAUGGUAUUGGUCUUACUGCUGCUACUGUCUCAGCUGGCCUGUGACGCUCACAGCGUGUCUGAGUGCUGCAGAGAACCGUCUCGUCCCUGCCGCCUUUAUGUGUUGCUGUGUCGCUCAGGCAACAAGGGACCGGGUGGAGCUCUCACGGAUGAUGCUGCCGCUGGGAUCCUCACUCUGGGCAAACGAAAAGAGGACGAGUAUCGCUUUCAGAGCCGACUCCAACAGCUCCUACAAGGCUCCAGGAACCAAGCAGCAGGGAUUCUGACAAUGGGGAAGAGAACCAGAGAGAGAGCUGGGGAGCAGUACAUGGACUGGAUGGCUCAAUCUGGAACGGGCAUUAUGACACCCCUGCCUGUUUGAAACUAACUGAGUAAAACCAGGGACGCUGUUUAAAUGAAAAAAGUCACA